CGUGGUUGUGUGUUUAUCAGUCUGAAAAUAUUACCUCCAUGGUCCAUUUUAUCUGGGCCGACAGGGGGUGAAGAAACGCCCCUGCCAGGCACGACUAGUAUCUUUAAUGACGAGGCGGUGAAUUCCCAGAAUGAAGCCCGCACCGGGGGCGGCUCGGCGGGGCGGAGUCAAAGCGCAAGCAAGCUUAUUCCUGGAAAGCGUGUAGAGAGAAACCAGCGCUCGAUUCCCGGGAGCGCGCGCCGCUUCAGCGAACGCAGAAGUCAGCGGGCGGGCACCGAGAACAAGAGGAGGGGCGCGCACACAGAAAUGCACGCACACUCACGCGCGCGUACAUCGUAAUUAAAAAAAACAAACACCCAAAGUAUAGAAGGACUAUUCGUCACGAAGAGUCGCAUUUCGGGCUGUACGCUUGUUUUAAAAAAUUGCGCAAGGAGACUGUGUCGGGGAUCGCUUGCGCGCGUGCACGUCGUCCGGAGUUAGUGACGUCAGAGCUGCCAGUGCCGAAAGGCGUUCUCGGAAUAGACUUCUAGGAAAUACUCAAUUUUAAAAAAAGCCAAGACUUUUCGCUGUGCUCCCUUCGCACAUUGGAAGCUCCCGAUUCUGGCGACAACACACUCCACAAAACGAGGCCGCUAAACCGGACUCUGUUAUUUAAAAGGUACCACUUGAACAAACGUCGUAUAUUUUGGCGACCGACAGUGACGCGCGUUUACCGAAACUGGUUUGGUGAACCAGCGCUUGUUUAUUUUUUAAUUCAUGUUUUUUCUUACAAGCUUUUUUUUUUAAUUAGCUUAUCUUUGUCUUUUUUGAACAAAAAGCGAGGAGUGCGUUACGACUGGAAUUGGAGUGUGGCUUGAAGAAGUAGUAUGAUUCUCUGUGUGCCAGGUCCCCGAGGUCUUUUGCCUACUGCUACAACAACUGAGGCCCGCCACAGGGGCAUGCGGGCAGGGACGGUUGCGCCAACGCCUUGCCUCCAAAGCAGCACGUCACUAUGGGAUCCCACCAAGGAUCUGCAGGCCAUUGCGAGCAACUUCUGCCACUUAGAAACAUCAGGGUGGUACUGGGGAGCUAUAAGUGCGGCCCAGGCGCACGGUGCACUUCAAGAGGCCUCUGAGGGGGCUUUUCUGGUACGAGACAGCAGCCACCCUUUGUACAUGCUCACCCUCUCCGUCAAGACGGCCCGCGGUCCCACCAGCAUACGCAUCCAGUACAGCUAUACCCGCUUCUUGCUGGACUGCAGCUCGCCGGCUCGGCCCAGCUUGUCGUCUUUCCCCAACGUGCCCAGCCUGGUCCAGCACUACAUGGGACUGGAGAGGAGCGCGGCAGACGAGGAGGGGGGCACGGCGGCCAAAGAGGCUACUUCCAAAGUGACAAUCCAGGAGUCGUCGGCAUCUGUGGUGCUAAAAUUAAGGCGUCCCGUGUACAAGCCGCAGAGCCUGCCCUCCCUGCAGCACCUUACCCGCCUGGUCAUCAACAGGCAUUCGGAGCGCCAUGACCAGCUACCACUCCCAAGGCCUCUGCUGCGUUUCUUACAGGAAUACCCCUUCAAGGUAUGAGGCUUAUCUCAACUGCAAAGGAGGACAAACACACAAACUGUUCCUUUUACACCCCCGGCUUCACAUGGAAAUGACAUUGCUGCUUCAGAACUUUGGACACAGGGUCAUUAUUAUAUUUUUUAAAAACGUGUAUGAAUUGAGUUGAUAUCAGUGCACACGAGAGCGUGUGCGCAAGCGCGCGCGUGUGUGUGUGUGUGCCGGUAUAUCAUUUGGACUGGAUUGCAUGAGAUGUACAUACACUGAUUCCAUUUACAUACCUUUGCCGUUUUAUUUUUUUCAGUAAAACCCUUUUUCUACCUUUUA